AUGGCUCGUGAAGGAACCCGUUCGUCCACCGGCAACUCCAAGCCGCGUGUCUUUCAGACUGUCGACACCGCUCCUGCCGUGAAGAGGACCACCAAGCCCAAGGCUGCGAAGGGGGAGACCAAGGGCGCCAAACCCACCGGUGUAACCAAGAAGAAGGCCGCCCCCAAGAAGGAGACCGUUGCGAAGAAGGCCAAGGCUGCUGUCAAGAAGGCCGCGCCCAAGAAGAUAGCCGAGAAGGCCGAGAAGACGGAGAAGGCCGACAAGCCCGAGAAGGCUGAGAAGGCUGAAAAGGCCGAGAAGGUUGAGAAGGUCGAGAAAGCUGAGAAGCCCAAGACAACAACCAAGAAGAAGGAGGCUGCUGCUGCCAAAUAAACGGUAACCGGCGUGUCCCAUCUCUCUUCCUCUUCCCUGUGCAAAGCUACAUCAACACACGGGGAACUCUUCAGUGCACAUUCUUGGAUGUCAGGGUCUCUUAUCUUUCCCGAGUAUUUAAUCCCCUUGGCUAUAUAUAUAGUAACUGGCUUUUUCUCUGUGUGUAAGGAGCGUCUUGGUUAUAUAUUUCGGUUCUUUUUUAUCUG